GUUAAAUAGCGCAACGCAACGCGACGCCCUCGCUCGCCCGAACCCGGAAAAAACGAAAGGAAUGGUGGCGUUGAGGAGAAGAACGCAAGCCCCGAAGCCUCCCUCUCCUGCUCAAAUCGUCGAGGAUGAUGACUACGUCAGCGCAUCCGAUUCCGAAUCCGACGAGGACGUGUCCUGCGAGGAAUGUGGGUCCGGCGACUCUCCGGCGGAGCUCCUUCUGUGCGACGGUCGCAGCUGCAACAGAGGCUACCACAUGUUUUGCCUGAGACCCAUCCUUGCUCAAGUCCCGAAAGGAAAGUGGUUCGGCCCUUGCUGCUCCAACGACAAAAAACCCAAAUCUUUCCCUCUCCACCAAACUAAAAUCAGCGAUUUUUUUCGGAUUCAGAGGUUUGCAGAAUCGCCCCAGAAGAUAAAUCAAGAUUGUCGAAAGAGGCGAAGGCGGGCGAGCAGCUUGGUGGUCUCGAAGAAGAAGAGGAAAUUGUUGCCCUUUAUUCCGACCAAGGAUUGUACGAGGAGAAUGCAGCAAAUGGCUUCGCUGGCGACGGCGUUGAUGGCAACGGGGACUGAGUUCAGCAAUGAGCUCACUUAUAUCCCUGGAAUGGCGCCCAGGUGGGCCAAUUGUGCAGAUCUUGAGCGAGAAGGAAUGCAGGUUAUGUCGAAAGAAGAUACUGAAACGUUGAAUUUGUGCAAAAGCAUGAUGGAGAGAGGAGAAUGUCCUCCCCUCAUGGUUGUUUUCGAUCCUAAAGAAGGGUUCACAGUUGAGGCUGAUAAACACAUAAGGGAUUUGACAAUAAUCACAGAAUACGUUGGAGAUGUUGAUUAUCUGAAGAACCGCGAAAAUGACGAUGGAGACAGCACAAUGACAUUGCUUUCAGCAGCUACACCUUCAAAAAGCCUUGUCAUUUGUCCCUACAAGCAUGGUAACAUUGCGCGCUUCAUCAACGGAAUCAAUAAUCAUACACCGGACGGGAGGAAGAAGCAGAACUUGAAGUGUGUAAGAUUUGACGUCAAUGGCGAGUCUAGGGUUUUACUGAUUGCGAAUCGAGAUAUAACAAAGGGGGAGAGAUUGUAUUAUGAUUACAAUGGAUAUGAGAAUGAAUACCCAACCGAGCAUUUUGUGUAGCCUUUGUUUAUGUUACUGAUCAAGAGCUAAAUGAAGCUUUUCUUUCUGUGUACCCUGACAUGAUCAAUGAAGCUAAUGUACCCAAACAGGAACCACUAUUUUAUUUUAACAAUA